AUGUACGAUUGCAAGCUGGAGAUUCAGAGCGUGGCCAAGUGCUACUUCGGAGCAGCCGCGACAAGUCUCGUGCCUUCAUCCAAGUCGGACUUCACGCUAGAAAACGACGUUGAGGUGCAGAUCGUUGCGAAGCAGCUUGCGACGGAGUUUUCGCUGGACCCGCGGGUGGACGGCACGGUGGAUUUCAUCUUUACGUGCUGGUACGAGAUGGAGGACCCAGUCGCGGCUGGACUGCACCCGUCCGUGAAGAAGUUCACUGCUGAGCGAUAUAUCGGCGAAGGGUACGAGAAGUACAACAACAACAUCGGCUGGACGUGCGACCCGGAGCUACCGCUUGCAGCUACAGCCCAGGCGUUCAGCCACUUCACGUGGCAAGCGACAUCUGGAAAGCACUUGGUUGUGGAUCUGCAGGGCGUGGGGUCGGUGUUCACGGAUCCUCAGAUCCACUCGUCGGAAGAAAGCAGAUUCGGCCAAGGGAACUUGGCAGAACGGGGCAUGAUUGCGUUCUUCAGCACGCACGAGUGUAACGAUAUCUGUCGCGCCUUGGGACUGCAUCAUUUCGGCAGUGAUGAAGCUUCCGUGAUGCCGAUGGACGCCCCCGUGACGAAAGAGCCCUCGAAGGACAAGUCCAUAACGUGCAGUUGUCCUCUUUGCGGUGCCUUCUUGACGGUGCUUCGUAGUGAAUUCUUGCGUGAGCACGCCGUGGGGCGGGAAAUAUAUGUACAGUUCCGAGUGCACGAUGAAGCUGACAAAGCGCGAACAACGCAAGUGCGUAACAUGCAAGGGGAUAUGCCCUACAAGCCCUAUUGGUACGAGAUGAAGGAAGUGCCACCUCCAACGAGUUGCAAGAGCUGCAGAUAG